UAUUUUAUCAACAAACUUUGGAGUGAGUGCAUCGAUAUGUGAAUUUUACGUGUGAAUUUUAUAAAACCAUUAAAUUAAACCAAUAGAUAUUCGUUGCAUGAUAAAGGUAUUAUGUUUCCAGUUCUGUGUAUGUAAAAAUUACAAACGUAACUAUAGUUUUAAAUACUAUGAUCGAAAACAACAUCUGUUUUGUCUUUGUUAUACAAUAUAUUACUGUUCUUUCCUGCAAUUUAGACCUCCAGGCUAGAGCCAUAACACACAUUUCCCAGAAUUUGGCAUACAGUAGGAGAAAUAUACGGAUUUCUGUAAUUUACAAAUGAAGUGAAAAUGUUCAAGGUCUACAGAACUAUUUUGGUUUCCUAGACAAUGUUUGGAAAAUAGCAGGAGUAAUAUAUUCACGAAUGGCUACAUAUAUCUACGUCAAGGCCUCGAAUUACAUUGGAUAUCAGCCUGUACUUUUAUCGUCAGUUUAAGUACCUUUAAUUAAUUUUUUUAUUGGUCUUUAACAACUAGUGAAAAUAGGAAAAAAAGAGAAAAAAAUUAUAACAAUAGUCAAUCAGCUAUGGCUAUGAGUCACAGAUAAACAAUAAAAACAAAAUGGAAUCAGAAGAUGAUAUUCAGCCUUUGAUAACUGAUGACAUAAGAUACUCGCAGGAAUACCUGAUUUUGGAACUAUCAGUGCAAAAAAUCAAUACAGAUCCUGAAUUCGAGCAGGUGGUAUACGGCUAUCAGAAGAGCAGAUUCCGGACUAUCCUCGUGUAUUUAUUCUCCACAAUCACCUGCGGCAUACCGUUCCUGGUUUUCCACUGGCUUCCGACGUGGCUGCUCUACGCUACUUCGACGAAGUGCAGCUUCCAAAUUGCUGAUCAAGUGCUUGUUGUUGAGACAUAUCAGAAAAAAUACAAGAGUUUCUACAUACAUAAAAUAUUGAAUAAAAAUAUAGCAGAUACAAGUGGUUUAUUCAACGAGGGAUUCCAAGACGAGGCAGACAGAGAGAAGCAACCAGUAGAAAGCGCCGACGCUAUACACACACCCAUACAUUUGGAUGAUGGCUCAACACUUGAUGUACAACACUAUAGAUACUUCCGGCACAAGAAGCAAUGUCUCAUCUGGGACGGCACGCGGUCGUUGUGGUCGCGCUUGGCCGGCAUCGAGACCGGGGUCACGUGUGCCCAGCUGGCGGCCAUGGGGGCCAGGGCGCCCUCUAGCGAGAGACGAGUGCGGAUGUUAAACAUCUACGGCCUAAAUGAGAUCAAAGUCCCAGUCCAAUCCAUCCUGACGCUGGUCCUACUGGAGGUGUUCAACCCGUUCUACGUGUUCCAACUGUUCACCAUAGCUGUGUGGUUGGCCGAGCCGUACUACUACUAUUGUAUAGCUGUGGUGUUGAUGUCUACGUUUGGUGUUGCCACUUCCGUUAUACAAACUAAGAAGAACCAGCAAAGCCUGAAAGCCACAGUGGAGGCCCACGACACAGUGGAGCUGUGGGACGGCCGCACGGUGGACAGCCGGGCCGUGGCCCCCGGGGACAUCGUGCUGCUGCCCCCGCGCGGCUGCUUGCUGCACUUCGACGGGGCUCUGCUGGCGGGCGCCGCUGUGGUCAACGAGAGCAUGCUCACAGGUGAAUCGGUGCCGGUAACGAAGACAGCGCUGCUCCGAGUGGACAAAUACUUCGACAUGAAGGAGCACGCCUCCAGCAUCCUGUUCUGCGGCACCCGCGUCAUCCAGACCAGAUACUACAACAACGAGCCGGUCAAAGCGUUGGUCCUUCGAACCGGAUACAAUACAAGCAAGGGGCAACUGGUCCGAAGUAUCCUGUAUCCAGUCCCAGCUGACUUCAAGUUCGAUCGGGAUUCAUACAAGUUUAUCAUCAUCCUGGCCGUGUUGGCGGUGCUAGGGCUGGCCUAUACUGUGGCUCUCAAGGCGUACCGCUCAAUGACGCCGGGCGACAUAGCAUUAAAAGCAUUGGACAUAAUAACGAUCGUCAUCCCGCCCGCAUUGCCCGCCGCCAUGACAGUGGGCCGGCUGUACGCGGUCACUCGUCUGAAGCGGGCGCGGGUGGCCUGUCUCAACACCAGAGCGGUUAACGUCAGCGGCUCACUGGACUGCAUCUGUUUUGAUAAGACGGGCACCCUGACGGAGGACGGGCUGGACAUGUGGGGCGUGGUGUCGUCCAGCGCCGCCUCCUCCCCCCCGCACCUCGGCCGCCCCGCGCGCGACCCCCGCCAGCUCAACGAUCUCCACGAGCUCAAGAUGGCCAUGGCCACCUGCCACAGCCUCACCUUACUCGAUGGACAGUUGGCGGGAGACCCUUUGGAUUUGAAGAUGUUCGAGUCGACAGGCUGGGAGUUGGAGGAGCCCGACGUGCCCGACACAGCCAAGUACGAGAUCCUGACCCCCACCAUCGUGCGCCCGCGCAGGUCCGCCAACAUCAACGUUGAUGAUGUACACUUGCCCCUAGAGCUGGGCAUCGUGCAACAACACCAGUUCGUAUCGUCGCUGCAGCGGUCGGCCGUGGUGGUGCGGCUGCUGGGCGAGGAUGUGCUGCGGGUGUACUGCAAGGGGGCGCCGGAAAUGUUGCGGACCCUGUGCAAGCAACACACGGUCCCAGAAAAUCUGAACGAAGUGCUGAGUUCGUACGCGGAGAAAGGGUACCGUGUGAUCGCCAUGGCCACCAAGAUGAUGCAAACUACCUUCAAACAGCUGCAGAGGAUGACCAGGGAAGAGGUGGAAUGUGAGCUGGAGUUCCUGGGGCUGGUGAUAAUGGAGAACCGACUGAAGGCGGCCACCACCGACAUCAUCCGGGAGCUGAAGGAGGCCAACAUACACGUCGUAAUGAUCACAGGAGACAACAUCCACACAGCAGUGAGUGUGGCGCGGGAGUGCGGCAUCCUGUCGCGCGGGGAGCGCGUGGUCACCCUACACGUGCACCAUGGUGGGAAGACUCCCACCCUGUAUUGCGACAGCUCCUUGCAUGGGGCGCCGAUCGGUCGCCGCACGGCGCUGCAGAGGGAGUGGCGGUCCGUGGACAGCGGCCACGGCUCGUGGCACGGCUCCGGCUCCGACGUGCCGGACGCGGAGGCGCCGUAUCUGCCGUCCGGGUACAAGAUCGUCAUGGCCGGCGACGCCUGGCGGGUCCUCCGGGAGCAAUACCCUCACAUGGUGGGCCGCGUGGCGGAGAGGGGGGCGGUGUUCGCGCGGAUGUCCUCCGACCAGAAACAGCAGCUCAUCGUGGAGUACCAGGCUCUCGGGUACUAUGUCGGCAUGUGCGGCGACGGCGCCAACGACUGCGGCGCCCUGCGCGCCGCGCACACAGGCAUCUCGCUGUCGGAGCUGGAGAGCUCAGUGGCGGCGCCCUUCACCAGCGCCAGCGCCGACGUCGUCUGCGUCACCCGCGUGCUGCGCGAGGGCAGGGCCGCCCUCUCCACCUCCUUCGGGGUAUUCAAAUUCAUGAUAGCCUACUCCCUAACGGAGUUCUUCUCUGUCGCGUUCCUUUAUUACUUCGACUCGAACUUGACCGAUUUCCAAUUUUUGUACAUCGAUGUCGCCUUAAUAGUGAAUUUCGCGUUUUUCUUCGGCAUGACCGAAGCUUACACCGGCAAGUUGUGUAAAAUACCCCCUCUAACGUCGCUUUUGGGCAUCAUACCGCUGUUUUCGCUGAUUGGUCAGCUGGUUUUGAUCGGUGUCGCUCAGUAUUUGAGUUAUUAUGCUUUAACGUUUUUCCCUUGGUACGAGAGACACACGUUCGAGGGUGAAGAAGAAAAUGAAUGUUGGGAAAACUACGUGAUUUACACGACCUCAAUGUUUCAGUAUAUAAUUCUAGCUAUAGUCUUUUCGCACGGAUCUCCUUACAGAAAAUCAGUAUUCACAAACAAACAACUUAUGAUUAGCAUGUGUAUAAUGACCGCGUUGUGUAUUUAUAUAACUGUUGCGCCCGCGCAUUGGAUAUAUACGUUUUUACAAUUGAGAAUGCCUAAAGAUGUCACGUUGUCGUAUAUAGUUCUAGCUGUAGUGGCAUUCAAUUUUCUCAUAGCGUUAUUCUUUGAAAGAGUUAUAAUCGAAUAUUUAAUGGAAGGUAAACAGAUGAUUCCGAGGUUUUUGAAAGAGAAAAGAGUGAGGAAGACUCCUCAUCUGAUGAUUAAGAGGCAGUUGACGGAUAUGGAUUAUUUAGAUUGCGACAGCGUAGUCAAGUUUGAUAAGGAAAGCGAUAGCUCGUCGUCUAGUGGUGGGAAAAGCUGAAUUUUAUGAGGUUUUUAAUCAUAAAAUACAUUUAUGGGUACUGUUCCUGUUAAAUAGAUUAAUACAAGACCGUUGCAAUUUUUUUUUCGGGAUAAACGAGCAGAAUCCCUAUUUCGGUAUUAGAAUCCGUGCCACGAUGUCCCGCGAACUUGUGGAAUUAUCAAUAACAGAUCGUCCACGUUGUUGUGUUCUGCGACUGUAGCGCCGCCGUCUGCGGGGCUUUCGUGUCGCGGACUGUACAGUCUGUCUAUAAAGAGUAGAAAAUAAAUGAGAAUUAAUGCUUGUAAUCCAAAGAAUUCGCGAUUGGUACAAAAUUUACUAAUAAUUAUUAUUAUAGAUAUUUUUAUGAUGUUAUGAUAACUUUUAUGACUCCGAAAGUAAUUAUAUAUCCGCAACUAUCUCUACAAGUUAUACAAUUUUACCUCAAGGUAUAGUAUUUCUAUUUACAAUUGUGAAUGACUUUUUUAUUUAUUAUUUGCUGCGUUAGAACAGUAAAUUUUUAUAUUUUCGAAUAUUUAUAUGAUGUUGUAUAGGAGCCGUACAAACUUAUGAAUGUAGUUACCAGUUUGUGUACAGAUUUAAACUUAAUACUUCAAUAGUAUUAUUUUUAUUGUGAUUUUGUUUUAUGAGUGUGAUUGCUUUUAAUUUUUUAUUAAAAUAAGUAUUCAAUAGUGAAUUUUACAAAUAUAUGUUUUUUUUUUUAAAUAUGAAUGUUGAAUGAUAAAGUAAUAUAACUCUAGCCGUAUUGCAUUAAUUUGCAUUUUUUAUAAAGGCAUGCAUAACCACACAGACCUUUGAAGAAUAAACUAUGAUUUUGUCUGUCGUUAACCCUCUUUAGUAAUACUGUUGUUUAUGCAUGUAAAAAUCAAAUCUCUCCAUUUCAACACCUAAAUGUCUAUUAUGAUUCUCUGUGUGGUUCAUGCCAAUGGAAUGUAGUAGUAUAAUUAUUAAUUAACACAAUUUAAGUUAGCACAAUGUGAUAACUCGUUAUGCGCACAAAGUGCCUUAGUACAUAAGUUAAAUAUUAACAUUCCGACUUGUUAAGUAGGCAAAAGCCAUUAAAACUAAAUUAAAACCCCAUAAUCGUAAAAUGAAAUUUUUCUCACUAUAUUUGCAUUUUCUUUUCUCAUCAAGUUUACUAUUGCAAAGCAAACACUGAUUUUAAAAAUCAUUACUUUUAUUUGGCUCGUCUUAAGUGGAACAAAUUAUAUGAAUCAAUAGAGAUAACUUUUGGUAAAUUUCGGGUAUUCGUAAAUAAUAGAUUUAGGGCCUGUUUCACCACAUACUGAUAAUAAAUCAUAUUAUAAUUAUACAGGUAUACUGCUAGACAAAUCUUCAAACAGGGUUAAUAGUAGCCAUGUGUAAUAUUAUGUUAUACUUUCUGUUUGCGAUUUCCAACUAAUAAGACAAUCGAGGGUGCUGUGUCUAACCAAAAAUAAUAAUCUCAAAUGUUUUUGGUGCUUGUAAUCCAAAAAUAAUUUUACUAAAGACCUAAUAUUUUUGUUCUAAUGGCGAAAUAAGGUUUUGCAUUUCAAUUCUCAUUAUCGAUUCGAAAUGCGACUAACCAUUCACAGUGCGCAAUGUGAUUUGUUCGGUGUGUACUCGAUAUGGUGAGAUAAAUGGCAAAGUUGCACUACGCACACUGGUGUAGGUACAAGUUAUACCAUUAUGACGUAUUUAAACUUAUUUAAAGUUUCUUUAACAAAGUGAUAUAUUGAUUAUAUAGAUAAAUUUGUCCUAAGAGAAAUUAUGUUAUUUGGACAAAAAUCGGUGAAUUUAUGAAUUAUGUUAAUUAUUUUUUACUUAAUGUAUGUCGUAGCUGUAAGUAGCCAUAUUAAUGCAAUUAAAAAAAUAAGGCUAAAGAGAAUCAUUCGUUAUGGUGCCUUGAAGUGUAUGUAUUACUAAUUGAAACAUUAUAAAAUUAAUUCACAA